AUGAUGAUUUCUUUGUGUUUUUCGAUUUUUCUUUUGUCAAAUCUUAUCCUUGGCGAUUUGCAAUACCCCAAAGAGAAAAGAUUGAAGAAUGUGAGACAGCUGACUUUUGGUGGUCAAAAUGCGGAAGGAUAUUUCAGUUUCGAUGAUAAUUUUCUAACAUUUCAAGCGAAAGGUCUCGAUGUUUAUGGGACGGAUUGUGAUCAGAUUUAUCGAUUGGAUCUUCGACUAGCCGCCGACGAGCAAACCCCUCGCCGAAUCAGUAACGGAAUCGGUGGCACAACGUGCUCAUUUUUCUACCCAAACAACCAGCAUGUACUGUACGCCGGGAAUUUUCACAAGACAAAGAUCAACCGAAACAAUACCGAUAUGAAUUCGUGCCCUGUGCCAAAGUGUAAAUCACCAGAAGCCAUCACCGAUCCAGUUCUUCAAAAUCUUUGCAACACUUCGUACACGUGGGACAUUUUCCCAGAUUUCGAUAUUUUCAAAGUGAACGAGUACGGGAAUAUCAUCGAUCAAUUGACCGAUUCUGACGGUUACGAUGCCGAGGGGACACUGUCACCCGAUGGGAAAACGAUCGUUUUCACCUCGCUGCGCACCGGCGAUCCCGAGCUGUGGCUGAUGGAUGUUGACGGGAAAAAUCAGAGACAAUUAACAAACGUCACCGGCUACGAUGGUGGAGCGUUUUUCUCGCCAGAUGGCACGAAACUCGUUUUCCGAGCAUCUCGCCCAAUAAGCGCUGACGAUUUGAAGAAAUACAAAGAUCUUUUGAAAUACAAUCUUGUUGCUCCGACGCAAAUGGAGCUUUUCGUGAUGAAUGUUGAUGGGAGUAAUAUGAGACAAAUCACACAUCUUGGAGGCGCCAAUUGGGCACCAUACUAUUUGCACGAUUCGAAAAGGAUCCUUUUUAGCUCUGACUUUGCUUCGGCGACUGGCUUUGGGGCAUUUGAUUUGUUUUUGAUAAACGAGGAUGGCACGGGUCUUGAGCAGGUGACUUUUGACGACAAUCAAUUCGACUCGUUCCCGAUGAUCAGCUAUGCUGGAGACAAAUUGGUGUGGGCGAGUAGCCGAAAUGGUGGCAAAUACGAUUUGAAUUUGUUCAUCGCUGAUUGGGUGGACAAUCUCGAUAACAAUGAGAUUGAUGAAAGUGAACAGAAACAAAAGCAAGGCGAUCAAGUGAACGUCCCAAAAUGGCAGGACAUCGAAACCGUUCCCUAUGACGGAGUCGUCCAUUUCGAUGGGGAAAUCCAUUUACGGAAUGUUAAACAAAUCACUUUUGGUGGACAAAAUGCUGAAGGGUAUUUCAGCUUCGACGAUUCCCGAUUGACCAUUCAAGCCACCGGAAUGGAUCGCUAUGGAACAAGUUGUGAUCAAAUUUACCAAAUCGAUUUGAACCACGAUCCGAGAUAUCAAACGUUAUCCCGAAUGUCGACGGGAAUCGGUGGCACCACUUGCUCAUUCUAUUUUAACGAAGAUGGCAAUAGGCACAGUCUUUAUGCUGGGAACUUCUGGAAUUGGACAGUUGACGGGCAUACACCAGUGAACAAUUGUCCAAUCAAGAAGUGCGCACAGAAAAACAUCACCGACCCAGUUUUGAAGCAAUUGUGCGACACCGAAUACACAUGGGACAUUUACCCGGAUUAUGAUAUCUUUAAGGUUAACGAAUAUGGGAAUGUCGUUCAACAGUUGACAAACGAGCCCGGUUAUGAUGCUGAAGGAGUGGUGAGUCCCGAUGGGAAACUGAUUGCCUUUACAUCAUUGCGAAGUGGGGAUUUGGAGCUGUGGAUUAUGAACAGCGAUGGGACAAAUCUACGACAGAUAACGAAUGUGACCGGCUAUGAUGGAGGCUCGUUUUUCUCUCCUGACGGUAAAAGGCUCAUCUUCCGGGCAAGUCGACCCAAAACACCUCAAGAAAUCGAUACUUAUGAGAAACUACUCAGUUAUGGACUUGUGGCGCCAACAAAGAUGGAACUGUUUGUGGUGGAUAUUGAUGGGAAAAAUCUCCGCCAAAUAACAAACCUCGGUGGCGCUAGCUGGGCUCCAUACUACCUUAACGACAACAAAAGAGUUAUCUUCUCGACUGAUUUCAAUUCACUUAACUCAACAAUUGGUUUUGGGGCUUUCGAUCUAUUUCUGAUCAACGACGAUGGGACAGGAUUGGAGAGAGUUACGUAUGACGUGGGAAUGUUUGACGCUUUUCCGAUGAUGAACUAUGGAGGUACCAAACUUGUUUGGGGUAGCAGCAGAAAUGGUUCGAGCACUGAACUCAAUUUGUUCCUAGCUGACUGGUAUGAUCCAAGUCCAACAGAUAACACCGAUUCAUCGACGAACCCUACAACAACAAGCUCUGUGUCAGGUUCUCCAACGACAAGCUCUGCGACUAAUUCCACAACACAAAGCUCAGCGCCAGGUUCUACGACAAGCUCUGCGCCUGCUGGAAUAAUAAUCUACCCGUUUUUCCUAAUGGCACUUAGCUUAUUAUUU